AUGGCUCUUUCUCCAAUGGAGCGUCAUCUUCUUUGUAAUUCUUCAUCUUUACUACUACUCUUCUUAUUCAGUUCUGUUCCUAUCACUAGCCAAUUCCCAUUUGGUAGCAGCAAACAAGCUUAUCACCAUUCAAAUGUCACUUGUAUUGAAAGUGAACGACGUGCCCUUCUUCAACUCAAACAUGGAUUGAAAGAUGAAUUAAAUCGCCUGUCAUCUUGGAUUGGAGAAGGUUGUUGUUCAUGGGAAGGAGUUGGUUGCCACAAAACCACUGGUAGUGUUUUGAAACUUGAUCUACACGGUAUAAUGUAUGAUGAUUAUCACUGCACAAAUUGCUUGGGAGGCCAAUUAAGUCCAUCUUUGGUCAAUUUGACCAAUUUGCGAUACUUGGACAUGAGCUCAAAUAAUUUUUCAGGAAUCCAACUUCCUGCAUUCUUGGGAUUGUUGAAAAACUUGAGAUACCUCAAUCUCUCACAUGCAGGAUUUGAUGGUGAAAUUCCCCACCAUUUAGGAAACCUCUCACAUUUACGGUAUUUAGAUCUUGGGUGGAAUUCAUUGAGCACUAAGGAUCUCGGGUGGGUUGCUGGGCUCUCUUCUCUAGAAGGCCUAGUCCUGUCUAAGUUGAACCUUGCAGCCGCUCAAGAUGGAUUACAGUCAAUUAACAUGCUUCUUUCACUAACAACACUAGACUUGAAUGGUUGUGAUCUCUUCAUCCAUCCUCAUCUUUCACAUGUCAAUUUCACAUCUCUUGCUUUCCUUGAUCUCAGUGGAAAUAAUUUCAACAACUACAUGGCCCCUCCUUGGCUCCGUAAUCUUACUGGCCUCCAUGAUCUUCGUCUUGUUGAAGGCCUAGUCCUGUCCACGGUGAGCGUUAUAGAUGCUCGAGAUGGGUUACAAUCAAUUAACAUGCUUCCUUCGCUAACAACACUAGACUUAAAUGGUUGUGGUCAUUUCAUCCAUCCUCAUCUUUCACAUGUCAAUUUCACAUCUCUUGCUUUCCUUGAUCUCGUCGUAAAUAAUUUCAACAACAACAUGGUCCCUUCUUGGCUCUGUAAUCUUACUGGCCUCCAUGAUCUUCGUUUUGGUAAUAAUAAUCUUUAUGAUCCAAUUCAUGGCCUGUUUGACCAAAUGACCUCUCUAGUUUAUCUCGAUCUAUCUCCAAACCGCUUUGAUGCUUCAACGUUGAAAUCACUUUGUAAUGCAAGCAGUCUUACUUAUUUGGAUCUGAGUGAUAAUAAUUUGCAAGGGUCAAUAGCAAGUGAAAUAGGCCAACUUAUAAAUCUUACUUAUUUGGAUCUGAGCGGCAAUAAUGUGCAAGGGUCAAUACCAAGUGAAAUAGGUCAACUUCCAAAACUAACAAGGCUAUUAUUGUCCUCUAAUAAAUUAAAUGGUACCAUACCAAUCAAUCUUGGGCAGCUGACGAAGCUACAAGAUUUUGACGUUGGAGACAAUUCAUUGACCGGGGUCCUAUCUGAAGACCAUUUUACGAAACUACGAGAGCUGAAGUCACUGGACCUAACUGGAAACUCACUCGCUCUGAACGUGAGCUCCUCAUGGAUUCCUCCUUUUCAACUCCGUGAAAUUCAGAUGCAAUCCAUCAUAGUGGGACCUAGGUUUCCAGCUUGGCUUCGGACACAGAAGGGGCUUGGGGUUUUAGACAUGCGGAAAGCGAGCAUUUCAGAUGCCAUACCCAACUGGUUUCUCUCUAAAAACAAAUCGUCCACUGUGCGCAGCUGGUUAUAUCUUUCACAAAAUUUUCUUACUGGACAUAUUCCGCAGCUUCAUCAUGCGCUGAGCAUUCUCUAUCUGAAUGAUAACCGUUUCACAGGUACUAUCCCUGAAGAUUUGUGCAAGUUGGAAAAUUUAUAUAUUCUGGAUCUAUCCAACAAUCUUCUGUCCGGAAGAGUUCCUCUGUGUCUAGGAAACUUGCGAGACCUGAAGCUCCUAAAGUUGGCAAAUAACAGUCUAUCCGGUCAAAUUCCGAUUUCACUGGGUCUUCGAGUUCUGAACCUAGCACAUAAUAACUUGAGUGGAUUUAUUCCUCACUGCUUUAACAACAUUAGUGCCAUGAUGGUAUCAGGGCCAGAUGGACUUUACGACAUUUAUGGACAAGAUAGGCUUCAAGACAUUAAGGGAGGAAGAGAAGAUGAGUUUGACUCAGGGGACCUUCGGCUUCUUAGAUCCGAAACAAUGGAGGCUAUUCCCUCAGCUUCUGGCGAUGUGGGAUUACAAAAUUCUGCCACAGUCAAGAAUCAAGAAUUGUGGCUGCAGCAAGAAGUCAAGAAUUGCUGCUGUGGCUUGACUUUAACAAAUCUCCACCUUGGCAUAAUUUUGAGUACCACUAUCGACAAUAGUAAAAUUGCUCCACCUUCUCCACAUAAGCCCCAAUGGGCAUAA